UGUUUCAGUAUCACAAUCAAGUCAACCAUCUUCGCAAGAAGAACACCAACCAACCAACCAAUCAACCUAUAAACCAACAAAUCCUAGCAAAACCUUCGCUUCUCUUGCCGAGUUUGCAGUAAAAGUUUCGUGUGUGUUUUGUACUAAACCCAAGCAAGUGACUACACAAAAUGAAGUGCUUUACCACAGUUGCGCUGCUCGUCUGCCUGGCCGCCUGGACGCAAGCGGAGCCACCAGUGCCUCAGAACCAGUAUCUGCCACCCAACCAAUCGCCCCAGGCGCCCACCAACAACUACUUGCCACCCACGCAGAGCUAUCAGUCGCCCUCGAACAACUAUUUGCCACCCCAGCGUGCUGGCAAUGGCAACGGUGGCUCGGCGCCCAGCAACAGCUAUGGCGCUCCUCUGCCCAACAGCCAGUACGGUGCUCCCGCUUUGACCGGUGCGAUCUUCAAGGGACAGAACGGCGGCAACGGCAAUGGCGGCUAUGGCGGCGGCAAUGGCUACGGACAGGGCGAUGAGGAGCAGUAUGGUCCAGCCAAAUACGAGUUCAAAUACGAUGUCCAGGAUUACGAGUCGGGCAACGAUUUCGGUCACAUGGAGUCUCGCGAUGGUGAUCUCGCUGUCGGUCGCUACUACGUUCUGCUGCCCGAUGGCCGCAAGCAGAUUGUCGAGUAUGAGGCCGAUCAGAACGGUUAUCGUCCAACCAUCCGUUACGAGCAGGUUGGCAAUGGCAAUGGCAACGGCAAUGGACGCAACGGCAAUGGCGGCGGUUAUGAUAGCAACGCGCAGCAGGGCAAGUUCAAUGGCUACCAAUAAUGA